UGGGUUCACCACGCAAUCCGCUUCGAAGGUGGGGAGAGAGAGGGAGAGGGAGAUGCUGCUGGGCAUGAAAAUCUCCGAUGCUGUUCUGAUUUCAAAUACCUUCGCUGCAACAGCUCGUUUCAGCAAUCCCUCAUACAAUAGAGGAUGCCAUUUUCCAAAGUACGGAAAUAUCCCUUCGUCUUCUUCCAGAAGAAGAAGAAGAGCAGCAUUCGUCAUUAGGAAUUGCAGAGCAGAAGAAGGUUCUGGAAGCUCUGAUUCCGAGCGGGUUUCCCCCUACCAAGUGCUCGGCAUCGACCCGUCGUUGUGCACCCUCGCCGACAUCAAAGCCGCUUUCCGAGCAAGGGUAAAAGAAUUCCACCCCGACGUAAACAAAGAUGCCGGAGGUUCAAAUGUUAUGAUUCGCCGUGUAAUUCAAGCCUACGAGAUAUUGUCCAUGCACCACCAGUUUGAGACUGCAGAAAGGAAAUGUGCAGACCCCUUUGAAGAUCCAGAAUGCGAGGCGUUAGAUCUCUUCGUAAAUGAGGCUCUUUGUGUUGGCAAAGGAUGUCCAUAUUCAUGUGUAAAAAGGGCACCUCAUGCCUUCGCAUUUGAUUCCCCGUAUGGUACUGCAUGUGCAAUUUCUCAAGGACAUGGUGAGGAUUACCAAGUGCAGCUUGCUGUCGGCCAGUGCCCAAGAAGCUGUAUCCAUUACGUCACGCCUUCUCAAAGAGUUAUUUUGGAGGAGCUACUUGACAGCGUCUUAAACUCGCUCUAUAGUUCAGCUGAGGCAGCAGUACUGGAUUCUCUCAUAGCUAAAGCAAGAUUUGAGAACAAUAGAUAUCAGAAGCCCAAGAAACGUUCCAAGGCUUCGACUGAAUAUGUAGACUGGUUAUGACAUUCCAUCAACGAUAAAUCCUGUACGUUGAAGUUACUUACCGAAGGCAUCAAUGAAGUGUGGCCAAUUGUAAAUGCCUGGGGUCUAUAGAAACAAACAUUCCAAGGGGUUGGCAUUGUCUUCAUCAUCAAAAGGAAACUCGAUGUAAGUGAUCCGAUUCAUAGAUUUUGUCAGCUCUUAAUGUGAAGUACGGGUGUGGCCUGCA